GAUUGCUCAACCCCCAGGAGCCAGUUCCUGUGAACAUUGCCUGCAUCUCUCCUUCCUGUAGUUUGAGGGAAAGGAGCUCUUGCACAAGCCAUCUGCCUUUGGGAAGAAUGACAUGGAGCUUCUUUGGCUGCUCACCCUGCUUGCUGUCACAGAACUGUCCAUGGCCCACAACACCACGCUGUUGCAGGGUCGGGCAGGUCAGUCCCUGCAGGUCUCCUGCCCCUACGACUCCUUGAAGCACUGGGGGAGGCGCAAAGCCUGGUGCCGCCAGCUGGGAGAAGAGGGCCCAUGCCAGCGGGUGAUCAGUACCCACCGAGCAUGGCUGCUGUCCUUCCUGAAGAGACGGAACAAGACCACAGUCAUCACAGAUGACACCCUGGGUGGCAAGCUCACCAUUACACUGCGUAACCUUCAGGCCCAAGACGCCGGCCUCUACCAGUGCCAGAGCCUCCACCGUGGGGAGGCCAACACCCUCGGAAGGGUUCUGGUGGAGGUGCUGGAUGACUCCCUUGAUCACCAGGACUCUGAAGAUGUUUGGGCUACUGAGGAGACCGAGAGCUUAGAGGAAGUGCAAGUGAAGCACAGCAUCUCCAGGAACCACUCAGAUGAAGAAUUCGUCUUCCCACCCACUUCCAUCCUCCUCCUCCUGGUCUGCAUCUUUCUCGGCAAGCUUCUAGUAGCUGGUGCCCUCUGGGCUGCAUCCUGGCAUAGAAAGAAAUUUGAGGCACCCCUUGUCAGCAGGAGUAGUGGUAGUCCUGACUCAGAUUACCAGCUUCACACCUUGACAGGGCAGACAGACAUAUGAGAGAGUGAACUACAAACCCCUAUGAGAGAAGAUGCCUGGAAGAGAGGCCUGCAUGGACCAGCCCAGCCUCACGCCUGCCCCUUGGCUCCAAGGCUCCUGACAAAAGACUAAUCUGCCUGCACCCAGCUUCCCUGGAAGCAGAGGCGUGUGUGUGUGUGUGUGUGUGUGUGUGUGUGUGUAUGUGUGUGUGUGUGUGUGUACCUGGGAAGCAGGAAGGACCUUUAUCAACCUGGUAACACUGCACAUUAAAUAUCCAGCUUCCCUGGAAGUAGAGAGGGGUGUGUGUGUGUGUGUGUGUGUGUGUGUGUGUGUGUGUGUGUGUGUACCUGGGAAGCAGGAAGGACCUUUAUCAACCUGGUAACAGUGCACAUUAAAUACCCAGCUUCCCUGGAAGUAGAGGUGUGUGUGUGUGUGUGUGUGUGUGUGUGUGUGUGUGUGUGUGUGUACCUGGGAAGCAGGAAAGACCUUUAUCAACCUGGUAACACUGCACAUUAAAUACCCUAACAAAUAGAUCCAAGGCUUCAUGUCUGAGUCCAUGGUCCAGGGCAUCGUAGAAGUCUGCUUUUUUGCUUGGGGGGUGGGAGAAUGCAUUUGGAUGAGGAAGAGAGGGCCCUGGCUCCUUGGAGUUCAGAAGUCAAAGAUGCCAUAUCUUUCCAUUUCACUGGCUCCAAACUGGCCAGAAUUUUAAUUCUCCUGCUCCACUAUAGAUUCCAGCCCUCUCCUCUUGCCUCCUAUCUACCAGUUUCCCAGGAGCACUGGGGAUUCUCGGUGCCCUCAGCUCUUUUCAUUCCUAGUCUUUGAGCUUAGCUUUUUUCUUUUCUUUUAAAAAAUAUAUUUUUAUUUUAAUGAGAGUGAUAUAGAGAGAAAGAUAGAUUGUUAUGAAAAAAUUCAUGUUACAGUUGCAUGUUUCAGCUCUCCAGAGUUAUAGCUUGAAUAUAGCCAAGAACAAGACCAAAGCUGCCUGAAAGGCAGGGAGUUAGUUACAUUUAUUUCACACCAGCUAGAUCAGGUAGGCUCCUACUCCACCUGAUCAGCUCUUCCUCUUUGGCCACCAGCUUUUUCCCUUUUCAAAUUGGUCAAGCUAUUUGGUUACAGACAGGACUGGAAAGGGUGUAGGCUGGUUGGUUACAUAUUGAGUCAAAGGGUGCAAGCUGAUUGGUUACAGAGUCUACCAAAAUGUACAGAUUGGUUAUAGACAGAAUCUGCCAUGGUGUGCAGAUCUGUUGCAAACAGAAUCAGCUGAGAUGUGUACAUUGGUUACAGACAGAAUCCAUGAAAAUGCACAGAUUUUUCAUUUAAAGACCAGAUUAUUGUUUAGCUCUGGUUGAUGGUUGUGCUGGGGAUUGAACCUGAACCUCAGAGCCUCAAGCAAGAAAAUCUUUUUUCAUAACUGUGGGGAUAUGGUGGGUUGAGCCUGGUUUGGAUCCCGGAUACCUCUCUGUGAGGAUGGAAGGCAUUCACCUAUAAGCCUCUCCACCCCUCCCUGACCUCCAUCUUGUUAGACCCAGAAGCUGUAACCAUUCCCCCUCCACAUGGUCUGGAUAAACCUGAUUUGCUCAAUGGAAUGUGAAUAAACCCUUCCUCAUUCUUAAGUCCCAUGCCCCAGGUAAGGGGAAGUCAAGAGCCAGAGUCCUUAGAAGGAAGCUAGAAGAGUCUGGGAGUCAGGCGGUAGCUCAGUGGGUUAAGCACAGGUGGCGCAAAAUGCAAGGACUGGGGUAAGGAUCCCGGUUCGAGCUCCCGGCUCCCCACCUGCAGGGGAGUUGCUUCACAAGUGGUGAAACAGGUCUGCAGGUGUCUAUCUUUCUCUCCCCCUCUCUGUCUUCCCCAUCCUCUCUCCAUUUCUCUCUGUCCUAUCUAACAAUGACAUCAAUAACUACAACAGUAAUAACUACAACAAUAAAAACAAGGGCAACAAAAAAGGGAAUAAAUAAAUAUUUAAAAGAAGAAGAAGAAGCUAGAGUCUAAAAAUAUCUGACUGGUUCUUGCUGUCAAACAUUUGCCUUAUUCAGCUUGUUGCCCCGGCACCCUGCUCCAGCAUGUGGCUUCUUUUUACCCCAUAUAAACCCUGCCUUUUCUUCAAUAGAUGCAUUAUGCUCUGC